AUGAGUGAACAGGAAGUGAUUUAUUCAACUCCCAUAUUUCUUCAGUCUCAUUCAGAGUCCCAAAAUAGGUUGAAGUCUGGUUCUGCUCAAAGACCUAGGAAAACUGAUAAUAAAGGAUUUUCUUUGCCUUGGCAUCUCAUUGCUCUGUCUCUUGGGAUUCUUUGUUUACUUUUAUUGAUGGCAGUCAUAGUGUUGGGCUCAAAGGUUUUUCAGCAUAUUCAAGAAAAACGUCAAUCGGAGGAAACUCUACAAAGUCUUAUUACAAAGUGUGACAUUAUAAAAAAUGAUAGCUAUGUGAAGGAGCAACUUUUGCUAAAUAAGACUUUAGAAUAUGACAUUCUCAAAAAUGAAACUUUGCAGCAGUCGAAAAAAGAACUGGACUCAGACUUUACAGAAAAGAAUAUAUGUCAUAGAAGGAAGAAUCUUUCAGAAACUUUGAGAAAUACAGAUGAAUUCAGCAGAGAAUUCUGGUCUUGCUGUGGAGAGAAAUGUUAUUAUUUUAGCCUGAAACGUCAAAGCUGGGAUGGAUGUCAACGGAGUUGUCAAGAUAAUAAUUCAUCUCUUCUGAUGAUAGCUAAUAAUGAUGAACUGCUACAAGUUGAUGGACCUGAGAUAUACUAUAGCAGUCUUCCAAGAGUCAAGACUUUGCCACCUAGGAUAGGACAUUGUGCCUUUUUAUCUGCAACAAGAAUGGACUCUAUUGAGUGCUCUAAUGUCUACAAUUGUAUCUGUGAGAGGACAAUUACAUUUCAUCAGCUUGAGAACAGGAAUUUUCAAACAAGUAGGUCUACAUCAGAAGAGAAAUGUGGACGCCUCAAAUCUGUAAACAUCGUGGAUGAUGCUUGCAGUAAAGAAUUUUAUUACAUUUGUGAAAAGGAGUCAAGAUCUUCAUGA